AAUCCAACAAAGACAAUUUCUCUUUUAAACCCGUCAUACGUUUUCUUAUUUUGAUCCUCAAAUUCACAUUAAAAAUCGAAUCUUUUUCAUCAUAUUUGAGAUUUCAAGAAGGUUUCUUGACGAGAAAGUAACCGUGACCAUCGCGGCUCAUCACCAAAGGGUCACGAAGGAACGAGAUGAGAAUGAGGACAAGAACCCUCUCUACCGAUCUCGUGAAGGUUGUAACGAUGGCGACGAUGAUUUUGGCGAUGAAAACGAACGAUUUCGUGCGAGCAGUGGACACGAACGGAGUUUUCAGCCCUUGUUCGGAUGUCCAGAUAAGCAAAGGCGACGGUUUCACCUUCGGGGUCGUGAUUUCGAGCAAAGAAGCUUUCUUCAACAACAAAAUCCAGCUUUCUCCGUGCGAUUCCCGGCUCGGGCUAGCCUCCAAAAACGCGAAGCUCGCCUUGUUUAGGCCUAAGGUCGACGAGAUUUCCCUCCUCUCCAUCGACACCACUCAGUUUAGCCCUAGCGAAGCCGGUGGACACAUGGUAGCGUUUGCAGGUUCGAAAUACGCAGCGAGAUCGUUCCCGGCGAAAAUCGCCGAUGGAAGCAACACAAUCACCAGUUUCACUCUUGUGAUGGAGUUUCAGAAGGGAACGCUGCAGAAUCUGUUCUGGAAGAGCUUCGGGUGCGAUUCUUGCAAAUCUGGAUCUUCUGUUUGUCUGAACGGAACAGACUGCGCUGUUCCGUCCUCGAAAUGCAAGGGAAACGGAGGUCGAGUUAACUGCGAUAUCGGUAUUCAGUUAACGUUUUCGGGCACUGACAAGAACCUCGAGUCCCUGAAUUCUUGGUACGAGGUUAACAACCUGAGGCAGUACUCUCUCUUUAACCUCUUCUCCAACGCCCUCGACUCUCUCAACAGUUUCGGGUCGUGAGAGACGAGAUCGAGGUCGAGGUUGAAGACGACGAAGAAGAGUGCGUAUUCUGUGCUUUUUGUAUGAACAAUUGUCGAUAUAGAAACAGUUGAAAUUUGCGGGUUUUAGGUGGAAAACAAGACUGGAUUUCUUUCACUAUAUGUAUUGGAUUCUGGGCUCCGGUUAUACAAAACCGAAACUACUUUGGAAAGAUGGUAAGGACUUGGAAAAGAGAAUCAAAGAAUGUUGAAAUUGUCCGGAGGUACGAACAUGAACGUCCGUACCGACCGAGAAACUCCGAACAAGAAUGUUGAGCUUGACAUAGUCAACUCACUUCUUGUUUUGUCUUUGUAACACAUUGGAACUUGUCAGUGUGUUUCAAAGCAUAGCAAGAGAGAGGAGAUUUAACUGUAACGAGAUUUUAAAAAAAAAAA